AUGACCAUACUGCAGAGACUUCUAUCUGUGGUACUGUUGUUUAGACAUGGCUUGAGGCGACAGAGAACUCUGGCUGAGAUAAAUGCAGAUGCUUCGUUUUUAUACCCCCCUCCUGACGGGGGUUGGGGCUGGGUUGUGGUGUUGGCAGCAGCGACCCAUUCCUUGUUUAUCAGUGGCUUCCACAGUGCUUUUGGCGUUUAUAUGAUGCCCCUUCUUACAACCUUCAAUGCAAGCAACUCACGGAUAGCCUGGAUCGGAUCCAUCAGCUAUGCUUUCAUUAUGAUAUUUGGUCCUAUAUCUGGAAAACUUCUGGUGAAAUAUGGAGCCAUCAAAGUGGCAAUAAUUGGAGCAGUGGUUGUCAUAUUUGGUCUAAUGUGUUCAUCCUAUUCCUAUGAUUUGCGUUUACUAUUUUUCACUCAGGGAAUCAUUGUUGGCGUAGGAUCAAGCCUAGGCAGCACUCCAGGCCUGAUAAUGGUCAGCCUUUACUUUACUAAAAAGCGCUCAUUUGCAACUGGAAUGGUGAUGGCAGGAGGGUGCGCAGGAACUUUUGUGCAGAAUAAACUUCAUGAGUACUUAAUUCAGACAUUUGGAUGGAGACGUAGUCUACGUGUAUACAGCGGAAUUCUAAUAAUAUGCAUCAUUGCGGGAUUUGCAUAUAAACCUCUUCAAAAACAUAGAGCUCAUCCAAGUGUAGUCGAAAAGUUUAAAACAUCCCCACUAAGAGGUUUUAUUGUUGAUUUAAGUUUGUGGAAAGAUCGUAUCUUUGAGGUUUGGGUCUGUUCUCUUGGAUUAGCCAAAUUUGGAUUCUUCAUACCAUUUGUGCAUAUGAUUAAACUUGCUGGUGACCUGGGCAUUCCACUGGAGAAAGCAUCCUACAUUAUGGUAGCAAUUGGAGUGAGCAGCAUGGUUAGCUCUCUUCUAUUUGGAAAACUCUGUGAUAUUGAACGAAUCGAUCGGCUGUAUCUUAACCAAGUGUCCAUAUUGUCUGUCGGUGUGGUAUAUUUUAUCAUUCCUCACUGUACAAACUUUCCCUCCCUAAUAGCAGCUUGCUCUGUUUUGGGAUUUGUUGAUGCAGGAAACUAUGUUCUCUUACCUGUCCUCACGUUUGAUUUGAUGGGGGCAGAGAAAAUGCCAGUUGCAUGGGGAUUUCUCAUGGUUGUCAAUGCAAGCAGUUGUUUUGGCGCACCCUUUGCAGGUGCAAUGUAUGACUUGUACGGCAGCUACACUAUUGGGUUUGUAGUAACUGGAGUUUGCAAUAUUGCCGCAGCUAGCAUCCUUGCUUUCAUUCCAUGGCUGCAAAGAGAAACCACACAGUCAUCGAAAAACUAUCUUAAUGCUUCUGUAUGUGUGAUAACAAACACCAUAGUUCCUUGGCAAUCACCCACUCCUUCGUUAGGGAGUCUAACUUCCUCAUACACAAAAACAAUUUAUGGUGGUGAUGACACGCAAUCUUACCAUUCAAAAAGAUUUAGUAUUAAAUCAUUCAGUGUGAAAUCAUUAAAAAGCAUAAUGAAGUCAGAUGCAACAUCUUUUAAAAGUGUGACAGAUCCUUUGUCAAAAGCAGAACCAAAAUCUUCCGCUGGGACAUUGGAUAUUGACUCAAAAGAACAGGUUCAAAGAAAUAUAGAUUUGAUGCCAAUGCAAGAGUUAAGCACACCAGAAACAUCAUUUAAAAGUGAAAGUGGAUUGAUAAAACAUCCAGAAUACAUUUCCUACAAAAAAGAUGCUUUUCUAAACACAUUUGAAGCUGAUGAAGAAGAGAAAUUUGUAAGUGAAAUUGAUUUGAGGCCAAAAAAGGAACUAACCAUAUCAGAUGAAGAAACUUUUGAAUCUACAAAACAGUCAGAAUGCUUUCCCCAUAAAAGAGAAGAUGUAGUGACCUUCAUCAACGAAUGUGAUGGUGAAGAAGAGAAACCUGAUAUCAUAAAAGAGUUGAAGCCGAUACUGGUGCUACCCGUAUCAGAAAUACCAGGACCUGUAAUACAUGGAGAGCACAAAGUGGCUUUCGCAGGUGAGCGUUAUGAUGACGAACAUGUGCACUUUGGUAGUGUCACUGACUUUAGGCCAGUGCAGGUGCUAACCAUAUCAGAUGCAGAAACUGCAGAAUCUACAAAACCAGCCGAGCGCAGAGUGGCGUUUGCAGAUGACCAACCUGAAGAUAAAGGAGAGCAUCCUGAGGGCAGAGCUGAUAUGAGGCCAGUGCAGGAGAUACCAGUAUCAGAUGCAGAAACUUUGGGAUCAUUCAAACAAGCAGAGCGCAGAGUGGCUUUUGCAGAUGACUAUUAUGAUGCCGAAGGUGUACAUACUGGGAGCUCUACUGGCUUGACGCCAAUAUCCAUAUCAGAUGCAGAAACUUUGGGAUCUUUAAGACAAACAGAGCGCAGAGUGUCUUUUGUAGAUCACCAACCUGAGGAUAAAGGAGAGCAUCCUGAGAGCAGAGCUGAUUGGAGGCCACCGCAGCUGCUAACCGAUGCCAAGAGUUCAGGAUUUAUAAAUCCGACAGAACACCCUCCCCUCAAAAGAGGAUUGGCUUUCCUAGAUAACUUUGAUGGUGAUGAAGAAGAUGAUUCUGAUGGUGAUGAAGAUGACUCUGAUGGUGAUGAAGAGCACAGCCAAUUCGAGACCAAUAAAAGCACCCUUUAG